AAGCAGUGAUUGCCGCUGAAUAUCAAUUAUGCACCGGAUCAGAUGGUUCAAACUUUCAACAAAGAAUCCUCCAGUAGGCCCUACCUAUAUCCACAGUCACCAUCGAUGCUCAUCCUUCAGACAUUCUUGGCUCCUAGACAUUACUUCUCUUCCACAUGCCCGUCAUACUUUUGCUAAGAAAAUUGUUCUACCAGUCCUUGACUCUUGGUAUCUUUUUCACAGGAGCUGUAGAAGCACCUAGUUGUUUUGGGUACUGUAGCCAAUACAGCCAUCUCCAAUAGCUAGACUAGAUCAUAUACCAUCUAGUCUUCGACCACUCGAAACUAUGUUUGCAGCUUCACCCGCACGGUUCAUUCCAUCAAUUUUGCCUUCUCAUGGGGAGGAGGCGGCCGGAGGCCUAGCUUCUGCUCUCCAAACAUGUAUCGAUAGAGGCAUGUGGUUGACGGGCAAGGCAAUUCAUGCCCUUGCGAUCAAAUCGAUGUCCAAGGAAGACAGGUACAUGAGUACCAAGGUGGUGCUUUUCUAUGCAAAAUUCGGUUUUCUAUCUCGCGCGCGCUACUUGUUUGACGAAAUGUCUGACCCGGGGCUAGUUGCAUGGACUAUCCUGAUUGGAGCCUAUGCCCGCAGCGGCCGUUUCUUGGAGUCAUUGGACUUGUUCAGACAGAUGCAGCGUGCAGGUUUGAGACCCAAUUGUUAUUCGCUGGCUAUUGUUUUGAAUCUGGCUGUAGCUUUGGAAGAAGUGAGCUAUGGAAAACAAAUACAUGCAUAUGCAAUUAGGAAUGUUGGGGAGGAGGACGCUUGCUUGGGGAGCGCUCUCGUUGAUUUCUAUGCAAGGUGCGGGUCUCUAGAUGAAGCUAGGGAGAUAUUUGAUAAGAUGGCUAGAAGGGAUGUGGUAGCGUGGACCAUAAUGAUUAAUGGUUAUUUGAAACAUAAUUAUGGGAAAGAAGCACUACGUCUCUUUAUUGAAAUGUGCGAUAGUGGCGUUCAACCUAACCAGCACACUUGCACCGCUGUUCUGAAGUGUGCUUCUCUAGAUGCAGGAAAACAGAUACAUGGAAUCGCUGUUAAACAACAACGAGACUUGGGAAUGUAUGUUGGUAGCGGUCUUAUGGAUAUGUAUAUGAAAAAUUGGGAUCCUGAAAGUGCAAGAUUGCUAUUUGAUGCAGUGUCUGAAAAAGAUGCUGUUUCCUUCAAUACCAUGAUAUCAGGUUAUGGAAGACAUGGGGAUGGCAAAAAAGCUCUUGCCAUAUUCCUGGACAUGGUAUCGUUUGGAUUGAAACCCACUGCGUCCACCUAUGUUGCCAUUCUUAGUGGAUGUGCAAACCUGGGAUCAAUCUGCUUAGCCAGGCAGCUCCAUGCUCAUAUAUUCGUUAAUGGGCGUGGAGACGAUGCAGUAAUUAAUGGUGCCAUCAUCGACAUGUAUGCAAAAUGUGGCAGUCUGUCAGAUGCUCGUAAUGUUUUUGCUCAAGCAGCUGAGAAAAGUAGAGUCACAUGGAAUUCUAUGAUCAAUGGCUAUGGCAAGCAUGGCCAAGGAAAGGAAGCCCUUGAGCUCUUUCAUGCUAUGAGGAAAGCACAAAUAAAACCAGAUUGUGUUACAUUUGUUUGCUUACUUUCCGCAUGUAGCCACUCCGGUUUGAUAAGAGAAGGACUUGAACUGUUCAAAUCUAUGGUUCAGGUUUAUGCAUUGGAACCUGAGAAUGAGCACUACAGUUGCAUGGUCGAUCUUUUGGGCCGUUCAGGAUUAGUGGAGCAAGCACACAAGUUCAUACUUGAGACACCAUUAAUGGCAGGGCCUACAGUCUGGGGGGCUCUGCUGGGUGCUUGUAGCGUAUGGGGUCGCACAAAGAUCGGAGGAAUAGCAGCUCAAGAACUAUUUGAGCUCGAAUCACAAAGCUCUGGUUCAUAUAUUGCACUAGCCAACAUUCUGUCUAGUGCUGGUCGCUUUGCCGAUUCAACAACAGUCAGGAAAAUGAUGGAUUAUCGCUGCAUAAAAAAGGAACCGGGAUGCAGUUGGAUAGAAAUUAGCGGUCAAGCACACAAAUUCACUGCAGGCAGCAAGGCUCAUUCAAGUAUGGAGGAAAUUCUGUCUAUGCUGAGGAUCUUGCAUAAACAUAUGGAGGAUUUGGGUAAAUGCAGCAGUUGGAUCCAAAGAAAGCCGUUUUGACAGUUGACUCUUUGUU